GAAAAACAUGGCGGACUAUAGAGAUAUUGACCCUGUCUUUCCCGGACGAAAUGAGGGAUGUUUCCACGCAAGCAAAGGUCCAUUUCGUUUUGUACUACUAAUUUUCACGUGUAUGCUGACGUUCGGAUCGUAUUUUUGCUUUGACAUGCCGAGUGUUUUGCAAAAUACCUUCACAGCGCCAUUACAUCCUAACAGCACAGGUAACUGCUCAACAGUGGAUGGGAAGCCAAUUGACAAGAUCCAUAGUAAUGGAACCCAUUGUUCUAGUGGCUUGGAGUUGACCGAAACACAAUUUAAUUUGCUCUAUGCUAUAUAUGCCUGGACGAAUGCAAUAGUUGUUGUACUGGCUGGGUUUUUAAUUGACAAGUUGGGAAAUCCAAUUGGUGCCCUGUUGUUCUCGUCCAUGUGCCUGGCUGGUACUUCUGUGUUUGCAAUAGGACUGUACUUCAACGGAGAGUCAGCCAUGGUUCCCAUUUUCCUGUUGGGAAGAAUACUGUUUGGAUCUGGAAAUGGCUCACUGACAAUUGUGCAAAACAGAAUAUCUGCAAUGUGGUUCAAGGGAAAAGAACUUGCAUUUGCUUUUGGAUGUAUUCUGGCAUUUUCAAGACUUGGCAGUGUGUUAAACUUUUUUCUAACAGAAGGAUUUAAUGAAAAGUAUGGUCUUCAGUGGACUUUAUGGGGAGGAGCCAUCCUAUGUGGAGUGGGUGUGGUCUGUGCUGUUGUAGUAUCACUAAUGGACGUUAUUGGGCUGAAGCAACUUAACAAGAAAAUAGAGAUGGAAAUUGAGUCAAAAAGAAUGAGACUCAUGGACAUCAAGCACUUUUCGUCAUCAUUCUGGCUUCUGGCAUUCUGCCUAAUGUUUUUCUACAUUGGUGUGUUUCCCUUCAUUGCCAAUGCCAGUAAAUUUAUUUAUGUGAACUACAAUGAAACUUUCCGCUUCACCAAGCAAGAGUCUUCAUAUAUUGCUGGCAGCGUGUAUAUGGUGUCCAUGUUAUUUGGACCUCUAAUGGGCUUGUUUGUGGUAAGGCAAACAAAACACCUUAAAAGGUGUAAAGGAUUAAAAAGGCAGCAUUCUAGUUUUUGUUCUAUCCCCCACAAAGGAACUGCUCUUGGAUUAACAACUUCCAUUCAGAUGAUUGGGAUGGGAAUAGCUAACAUCAUUGUUGGAAAAAUGCUUGAUGAUAUAAGGUCUAAGUACAAAUGGAAGUAUGUCAUGAUUUUCUUGCUGGCUAACACCUUGGCCUGUGUAACAUUUGCUAUUUUGGUGAAUAUUGAUGAUAGAAGAAAGGGUGGUGUAUUGAAUCGCUCGCCAAGAAACAGAGAUAAUGCCUUAAUAGAAGGACCUGCUAACAAUUAUGGAUCAAUUUCAACUUCAGGAUACACUAACAAGGAUGCACUUCUCUAUGACUCGUCAACUUCCAUCAAUUAAAUUUAAGCAAACUUUCAUAAGUAUUGAUCAUUUUUCAUAGGGGUCCAGAAAGUUGACUUAAGCAUGACUCCAGUGUAACUUAGCUUCCAGUGUCAAAUCUACAGAUUUAUCUUAGAUUUAUACAACAGAAUAAAUAUCUCUUACUAUUUAUUAUGGCCCAAGCAAGGGAGCACGGCAGAAUUUAUUUUCCCUUGAUUUCUGGCCUCUUUCCCUUAUCUUUGAGUCACCAUGUUGCUUUUCCACUUUAUCCACUGACCGCUAUGUUAAGCCGCAAAGCGGCGACUUUUCGAGUUUAGUACAAUACUCUCACUGCUUCGCUGCUCACCUCACCCCUUACGGGCUCAUUCGUACUAACCUCGGAAAGUCACCGCUCCG